CCUGCCACUUCCGGUCCCGCCGCCCGGAGCCGGUGUGGCUGUGAGGGGCCGCGUCUCGCCGCCGCCGCCGCCGCCGGCCGGCCGGGCAUGGUGUUGGGCGCCGGGCCCGCCUCGCCUGUCUCGAGGUGCCCAGGUAAAGGCAGCAGUAAUGCUGACCCUGGCGAGCAAACUGAAGCGGGAUGACGGUCUCAAAGGGUCCCGGACGUCAACCACAGCCUCUGACUCCACUCGCAGGGUGUCUGUGAGAGACAGGCUGCUCGUUAAAGAGGUUGCAGAACUUGAAGCUAACUUACCUUGUACAUGUAAAGUGCAUUUUCCUGAUCCAAACAAGCUUCAUUGCUUUCAGCUAACUGUGACCCCAGGAUUUUUUGUUUUGUGUUGUGUUUUUUUGAUAGAUGAGGGUUACUACCAGGGUGGAAAAUUUCAGUUUGAAACAGAAGUUCCUGAUGCAUACAACAUGGUGCCACCCAAAGUGAGAUGCUUGACCAGGAUCUGGCACCCCAACAUCACAGAGACGGGCGAGAUAUGUCUGAGUUUACUGAGGGAACAUUCGAUCGACGGCACUGGCUGGGCUCCCACAAGGACAUUAAAGGAUGUUGUUUGGGGAUUAAACUCUUUGUUUACGGAUCUUCUGAACUUUGAUGACCCACUGAAUAUCGAGGCUGCAGAGCAUCACCUGAGGGACAAGGAGGACUUCCGGAACAAAGUGGAAGACUACAUUAAGCGGUACGCCAGAUGAUUGAUAGGAGGGGCGCUGCAGCACGGUCUGUGCUAGAGGGUCGUCUCCAGCUCUCGAGGGGGCCUCCCUCCCAGUCUUCGCUUCCCGCAGACCCUGGCUCUGCUGGGUCCUGUGACAUGUCCUACGGAGGAACCUCUUCACGACUGCCCAUUGUAGACAGUUCCACAUAAAUACAGCAAGAAAAUGCGUUUGGGCUCUCAAGAGUUGUCUGCUUACCUUAACAUGUUUACUUUGUGAAACUGUACUGUAUAGGCUGAGGAAAUGCUUGAGAAGUUGUAAUGAACUCAGAAUCGGAGCUUGCUUCUUACCUUCCCCAAAUCACUUCCCUGCACAGCAAUGCCAAUGACCUGCCAGGAGCUGGCAGGUGGGCGGUCCCGAGCACGCUGCAAACUGUGAUUGGAUGAGCAGUCUCUUAUCUCCUCCCAUGAAUGUCAGCCCUGCCUCAGUGUCUGAGGCUUCCCAGAAUGCAGUCAUUCACUGUAGAUCUCUUACUGAAAUGCGUAUUUUAUUUAAUGUAAGUAUAUUUUGGAACAGAUUUGUAAUUUGUACAAUUUAAUGCUUUAAUUAUUUUUUUCUAUUCUUUAGUUUGUAUUUUCAUUGUAUAGAGCAGACAGAUGUUGGGUCAAGCAAUUAUUGAAGAGAAAUACAAAGGAAAUAUGAAAGACAUCCAUUCUGUCUAAAUGCAAUGAGAAUUUGGGUCUUAAAAACCAGCUCUUGCUUUCAGGUCUGGGUGGGGCAAAGAAACUUUAGAACCCUGUGAGGCUAGAGCUGGAUGAUUU